UCUGUGAAAGAGAAAUCAAAAGGGGAAAAUAAAGCCGACAUCAAAGAAAAGACAUAUUCUGUGCCGUCCUUGCAAAAUGACAGAUCUGUCUCAAGUAAGGACCGCUUUUCUCAUGUGCAGAGUUCAGGAUAUGGUCGAUCUGUAUCCCCUCCAUCGUCUAGAAAAUCACAACAGUUUAAGUCCUUAGGAAAAUCACCACCCAAGACUCCCUUAGGUUUAGGAAGUGGUCACAGUUGGUUAUUUAGCCAGUCUUCUGGCACUCCACUCCUCUACAUUUGGACAACAAGCUCGGAACAAGAAAAAGAACAAAUAUUGCUUGAGCAGAUAAAGGAACUUAUAGAACAACUCACCACCGAAAGAGCACUUAAAGCAAAGUUGCAAGAAGAAAUAAUAUCCCAAGAAAAUGAAUACAAACAAGAGCUGAAUUCCCUGAAAAAACAGCACGAAGAAGAAAUUUAUUCACUUAAACAAGAAAAUUUUGUCUUGUCUGCAAAGCUGAAGGAGUUUGGAGGAGAAAACAAACUGUCGAACAAUGCAACAGCUUCUGCAACUGCAGAUGGUGGUGAAGAGGGGCUCAUAUCCAGACUCAGGCAGGAGAUACAAGAACAGGAAACCUUGCUAACUGGGUACCAAGCAGAAAAUAAGAGACUUUAUGAGGAGAUCAAAGCACUUCAGAGACAAGUGAAGGCUUCAGAAACAAGCAUGUUCAAGGAAAAUCAGAGGCUGGUUACAGAGCUAACAAAUGUCAAGCAAGAACUGGAGUUCAAGACUGCAGAACUUCAGAACAAAGGAAUCAUCACCAGUAUGACAGUUCAGCAGCAGAUUGCAACUGGUAAUGCAGAAACUGUGAUAGCAACCAAUCGUAUCGCACAUUUAGAAGGAGAGCUUGCGGAAGCUAAGAGGGUUCAGGAGAAUCAGAGCAGGGAGUUAACUCUAAUGCAGCACAACAAGUUUGAACUGGAGAGACACAUAGAAACACUGAGCAAGGAGAAAGAUGCUCUUGUGAGACAGCUCGCAGACUGUUUAAACCCAGAGCAAAUCAAGGAACUUGAAGCCAGACAUAAUGAAGAACUUGACAAGUUAAAGAAAAAAAUUAAAUGGUAUACAGAGAAUCAAGAAUUACUGGACAAGAGUAGUGCAAAACUAAGGGCUAAGGAUGAUGAGAUUCACAAACUGAAGAUGCGACUGGAAGAUUUGAAAUCUGAGGCAGGAAUGAAACUGGAGGAAAACAAGCUGAGAGCAAAAGAGAAAGCAGCGGAUGCGAAGAAGAUUCAGGAUUUGGAAAGACAGGUGAAAGAGUUGGAGCAGAUAAUUUAUCGCCGCCAUCCCAACUCGUUGCCAGCGAUGAUGAUGCUGGCUGCCAGUCUUCCAGAUCCAGUAACUAAUGGAAGCCAGGCCAAGGGUCACACCGUGCAGGUGCUUGAAGCUCAGGUGAAGAAGCUCGAAAAAGAACUAGAGUCAAAGGAUGAACUUUCUCGGCAAGACCUGAGGGCACUAGAACAGAAAUACAAUCAUAUUAAGCUUCAGUUUGAAGAAAGAAUUGCUGAUCUGGAGAAACAGCUGUCUCAGUACCAGAAGUUGGGCCAAGAUGGUUUCCUCAUAGAACACCCAUUUAGCCAUGUUCAGGCCCUAGAAAAAGAACUGAAGAGUGUUCGAGAUCGGUGCAAGAAACAGGUCUCAGAAAUGCAAGCAGAAGUAGACAGGGUAACAGCAGAACUGAAAAAAGUCAAUAAAAACCAAGAAAACCAAAUGAGAAAUGAGAGUGGUCAAACAGAGGCAGAAUGGAAGCAAAGAGUGUUAAACCUGCAGAAUGAACUGAAAGACAGAAAUCAUGACAUAGAGAUGUUGCAGCGUACAAUUGAGAGAAUGAGAACUAAAUCAAAUAAAAGAGGGAAUGCUUCUAAAAACAGCAUAGUGACAUUUGAGAAAACACCCAUCUCUCACACAUCAUCCACUAGCAGAGAUUAUCAGCCCGGAGCUUUUGCAGAUGGUGACCUCUCCACACUGAUCCUAGAGAAUCAACAGUUAAAGGACAAAGUGGAUCACUUACAAUUAGAGUUAGACCAACAGAGAGUGGAUUUGAGGCGGGCUUUGGCAGAAACAGAAUCUGUAGCCAGACAAAGCAGAGAACAGCUUGAGCAUCAGAUUGAAGUUUUGAGAAGCAGUCACCAGAAGGAACUACAGCGACUCUUAACAGAACAAGCUCUACAUUCGUCAUCUUCAAAGGUGGCUGAAUUGCAGAGUAAAUGUGAUACUCAAGAGGUGAUGAUUCGUCAUCUACAAGCUCAGCUGAAAAAAUACAUGAAUGAGGUAGAACAAUUGUCUCAUGUCAAAGCAAAAGAACUUCAGCUCCAGAAACAGAUUGAAGAACUGCAGCAAAAGCUCAGGGAAGCAAAAAUGGUGCAAGCACCGGGAAUGCGGCACUUUGAAUCUUUAGAAGAGAAACUGACAGAUUUAGUUCAGAGGCAGCGUAAACGAGAAACUGAGCUGGAUCUGGUUGUUAAGCAGAAUCAGCAGAUAUCUCAGUCUGCAGUUGAUGAAGAGGUGGAGAAGUGGAAGCGGGUUGUGGAUGCCAAAAAUCAGCAGCUGCAAGUUUUUCGUGCUGAAUUAGACUCUAUCCUGGAAGUUUUGAGAACUUUACAACGACAAAGUGUAUCAUUGCCAUUUGGAUCUUUAUACAGCUAA